AUGCCACUCCCUCAAGCCAUCCCCUCGAAAGAGGCCGACAUCUACCACGACACUUUUCAGGUCCCGCCUCCAUACGAAGUCGCUGCCUAUCCCCGCGUCCGGUCCCGCCGCGCCCUUGUUCGAAGCCUCAUCUCGUUCCGUGUGCUUGUUUGCAUCUUCGUUGGCGGCCUCCUCGCCUGGCAUACCUUUCUCCUCGAGCGAGAGUCCGAGCUCCGCGAUGUUGCCCAACAUGCAUCGUCUUCCACUCAUCUGACUCGCUUCGAGGAAUCCGUCAAGCACUGCGCCGCCCUCAAGACCUUCCCUGAGAGCCCCAAGCCGGAAACCCGCAAGUCCAACCCGCGAUGGAACUCUGCCCGUGGACAGGACAAGCCGGUCGUGCUGCGCAACAUGACCUUUUUCGACGGAGAGUCCGUCGCCUCCGAGCCCAUGGACAUCAAAUUCGAGAAGGGGCUGAUUACUGAGCUUGCGACGACGGCCUCCAAGUCCAUCAGCUCCGACGGAGUCACCGAACACGACUUGCACGGUCGGUUCGUAACGCCCGGCCUGGUCGACAUGCACUCGCACCACUCCUCCAGCUUGUGGCCAGCCCUCCCCAUCACGGGAGAUGAAAAUGAGGUGAACAAGGCGUUCGGCCCACUGACCCCUUUUAUGCGCAUCCUCGACUCUUUGAAGGCAUACGACGACGCCACCCGCAUCAUCAUGUCUGGUGGGAUCACCACCUCGCUCAUCCUGCCGGGGUCUGCCAAUAUCAUGGGCGGCGAGGGAACCGUCAUCAAAAACGUACUCAAGGCUGGCGAGCUGGGCGAGUACGUCGUCGAGGAGCUGCUUCUUGAGCACAACAUUCCGAUCGAGGAGCGCCACCGCUACAUGAAGCUGGCCUGCGGCGAGAACCCCAAGCGUGUAUACGACCAUACGCGCAUGGGCAACGCCUACAUCCUGCGUGAUCAGUUCGCCAAGGCCAAGGAGCACUUGCAGAAGCAGGACGAGUACUGCGAGGGCGUCACCACCAUAUCGGCCCGGUCCGACGAGCUGAAGCACCGCUUCGUCAAGGAGAAUGGCGACUUUCCCAGCGACUUGAGGCUCGAGUCGACCGUGGGCAUGCUGCGAGGCCGAGUCGCCAUGCAGAACCACUGCUACCUUCCAGAGGAUUUCGAGACCAUGCUUCGGGUCACUGGGGAGUAUGGCGUCCGGGUCCGGGCCUUCCAUCACGCCCUCGAGGCCUGGCAGGUUCCCGAGAUGCUUAAGGCGUAUGGCGAAAAUGUUACCAUCGCCACUUUUGCCGAGUUCAGUCUGUACAAGUUCGAGGCCUACGCCCCUAACCUGUCCGCCGGCAAAAUCUUGAACGACCACGGCAUCCCGGUUGCGUAUAAGAGCGACCAUACCGCGACAGAGAAAGUGCCUAUUUCAUUGAGUUAA